GUAGAUAAGCAUCAACUUUUCAACAUAAAUAGACACUUUACUCUUUUCUCUAUCACUCACCGCUUCAUUCUUAUCUUCUUUUCUUCAUCACCAACAACAAACACAGCUAUGGAAGUUCUUUCUGCUACAAGAACAUCCUCCUCUUCGUUGAAUCCCAACGCUCCGAUGUUCGUUCCUCUUGCUUAUCGUACGGUGGAGGAUUUCUCUGAUGAAUGGUGGAACCUCGUUCAUUCCUCCCCUUGGUUUCGUGAUUACUGGCUCCGUGAACGCUUCCAAGAUCCACAAAACUACCAAAAUGACUCGUUUUCUGAUUUUGAAAUGAUGGAUGAAGACGAUCUUUUUCAUGUUCAUGAAAUUGAACCCCAACACGAAGAUGGGAAAGAGUUGAUGAAAUUGGGAUCAUUGAAAUGGAGAGGAUCUGAUGGAUGGGCUGAAGUUCCAAGGUAUGCUGAGAAGGCUCCGAAGAUUGUGAAGCCCAGAGUGAGCCCACGGGCUAUUCAUCAGCCCAGGUAGAUUUGGUGGCAAAAUGGAAACUGGAAACGGUGUAUGUGUUUGUAGAUAAAACGAAGAGUAGCUUGACCGGUAAAAAAAUAACUAGAGUUAUGAUUUGAUUUCAGGGUUUUCUUUUAAUUUUCAGUUUGUUUGUUGUUUUAGUUUCAGUGUAACACAAACUCUACAAAAUUAAAAAAUAAGAAUUUCUUUCUACUUGACAUUA